AAGCGGUGGUAGCGGAGGUGUGGAGGAGGCGUGUGGGAAGUGACUGCUUACAGGUACAGGGGUUUCGGUUUCUUUUCCGGGUGUUGAAAAUGUUUUGGAGCCAGGUGGUUGUGACGGGUGUGCAACAUUGUGAAGGAGCCGUACCCAGCAUCUUCCCCCCGGCCGCCCCUUUGUCUUUCUCCCAUCCAGUAGAAAGGGAGAGUUCCCCCACCGGCGAAGAGAGGGUCACCAGCGGGAUUCCCCCUCCCCGCCCCACCCCCACCCCCACCCCCCCCCCCGCCCCACCCCCACCCCCACGGCCCCCCACAGCCGCUUCCAGGCCCAGGCCUGCUCCCUCGGGGCCAAUGGGAAGGCCAUGAGGUCACCUGAUGGGCGUGUCCCUGGUGAGGCCAUCGCCACGUGCGAGCGAGGCCGUCACCGUGUGGUGACGUGGUGGCACGAGGAUGUCCGUGCCCAUGGGACUGGGCUCCCCAGCCAAUGAGGGGCUGGGCCCUGGUCGCUAGGAUACACGGUACUGGACGCGAUAACGGUCAUCUUGAGAGGCAUCUCGUCGUGCUAGAGCAAGCCGAGCCGAGAUAGCGCACCCAACACCCAGCAUGUCGGAGAGGAGCAGCCGUCGAGGGUCCUCUGGUGCUGGCGGCCCGGGGCAUACCGCUCGAGCGGAGGUUUUGUUUUCUGUGAGCGAGAUGGAGCGUAGUCUACGGGAAGGCCGCUACGCCCAGCGCCCGAGCCCCCGUGCGCCAGUCGACCCCGCUGCCGUGAUUGAGUACCUCACGGCCCAGAUCCUGGAGCUGGCGGGCAAGGAGGCCCACAACAACGGAGAGAGGACCAUCACUCCGCAGCUGCCGGACACGGCGGUUCACAACAACGCGCUGCUGAGCACCCUCUUUGACACAACCACCAUGUCUCAAGUGGUUCCCGGCCGGGACUAGCUGCUGUCGACGGCCGACUUCUGGAACCUGGCAGGUCCACUCGUCCACCCACCCAGCCCCAAAUCCCCCAGCCCCCAAACCACCCCCCGCUUUCCACCGGCCCCAAAGUCCGUUGGGCCUUCAUUCAUUAAUUCUGUCACUAAAGUGUUUAAU